AAAAAUAAAAAAGGCUGCACUUUUGUCUACGCCCUAUCGUGUAAAACUUUGCGUGUGUGACUCCAUGGAACAUUAUUUUUAUUUCAAUCUAAUUAUAGAGUAAAUUUAAUUUACCUCAUCUCAAAGUUAGUCGAGAUACAGAGCGUGGAAACGGUGACGGUUUUGCAGUGAAUAAAGAUCGCGAAAACAUGUGUUUUGAUGUGAACAUUGCGUGAACACUGAUGACACUAGCAGAGGAUACAUGUCAACAAUUUGUAAUUAUUUUACGUAGGGGUUGUAGGUUUUGUGUUUUUUCUUAAUAAUAAUUCCUGUGAUUAUUAAAACGUGAAGCUUGGUUGUGACAAGGGUGACGGCGCUGUUGGAUUUGGUGGCAAAAAGCAGAUUUAACUUCCGGCAGUAAUGUGGGGCCGGUAGAAUCGUGGCUGACUGUUUUUACCAGCUCCGAUAUGGCGAAUCCUGCGAUUGGAAUCUCCUUCGAUCCAAAUGAUAUGUCCAGUUGGUACUUCGGCGGUCUGUCCAGAGCGGAGGCCACGAAGUUACUGUUGAAUGAAACAGAGAGUGGAGUGUUCCUAGUGCGCGACUCCAAGACAAUACACGGAGACUAUGUGCUCUGUGUGAGGGAAGAUGACCGUGUAUCACACUACAUAAUAAACCACGUGGUAUCGGCGGACGGCAGCACGAGGUUCCGUAUCGGUGAUCAGCUGUUUGCGGAUAUGCCGGCUCUGCUCGCGUUCUACCGGCUACAUUACCUGGAUACGACUCCGUUGGUGCGCCCGUUGCCGCAGGCCCGCGCACGCGCAGCUGCCCCGCCGCCUCCACAGCCCCACACAGUCUUAGAGCUUGUCAUCGCCAAGUUUGACUUCGUCGGCAGUGACGCGGAUGAUCUGCCGUUCCGGCGUGGAGAGCGGCUGAUGGUGAUCAACCGGGACGAGGAGCAGUGGUGGACGGCGCGUAACGCACACGGCCGCACCGGCUCCAUACCAGUGCCUUAUGUGCAGAGGAUCUUAGAUCCAUCUGGUGUGCCGUACCCACCGUCGGAGGCGCUGAGCCAGCUCGGCGACCCGCCCAGUCCGCCCGGCAACAGGCAUCCCCAGCAACGCACCAAUAUGCAGCGAGCGUUGCCAGCUCUGGCGCGCGUGCGACAGACGCGAGUACCCAACGCGUACGACAAGACUGCGCUCAAACUGGAGGAGGGGGACAUUGUAAAGGUAACCAAAAUGAACAUCAACGGACAAUGGGAAGGCGAACUGAACGGCAAAAUCGGCCAUUUCCCCUUCACUUACGUGGAAUUUCUUGAUGACAACACCGCCAGCUAAGGGAAAGUAAUCACAGUAAUUUAUAACAAACGAUGUGUUUGUGAUACUGGCAACACUAUUGUUUCUGUCAUGCGAACUGACAGCUUGAUCUGUGCAAUUUGACAUUUGAACGCUGUUUAGUCUAUGACAGAUGUCGUGUUAAUCUGUGGACG